ACCGCUCCCCGCGGGACCUUGGUACCCCUUCGCGUCCCCGUGGGCCCAGGGCUGGCGCUGUCCCCAGCCGGUCCUCGGCGUAUGGGACGCAUCCACUCAGAUGCUGAGGUCUGUUCGUCUGAAGUGAAUCUAGUUAAGAACCCUUUACCCUGCUCUGCGGGGGACAUGUGUGUUGUCUGCGGUCGCUGGUAACUGCUGCAUGUGACGGUGGAUCGGAUCAGAAGGAGGCUGAGGAGCCCGCGCCUCCGGCCUGGGGCCGCAGGGGUUCUUGGGACCUCGGGAAGCAUGGCCACAUGCCUGGAUGAAUGAGCUGGGGCGACGGGAAGAUCAGACAGGCGCGGAGCAGCACGGGAGCAGAACUUUUCAAAGGACCGAGUUUUUGAUACUGUAUACCUUUUACGGAGGAGGAUGAUCCCGUCUCUGCCCACCCUGACUGUCCUCAUCCCGCUAGUCUCACUGGCAGGCCUGUUCUACUCGGCCUCUGUGGAGGAAGGCUUCCCCCAGGGCUGCACCAGCGCCAGCAGCCUGUGUUUCUACAGCCUGCUCCUGCCGGUCACCGUGCCGGUGUACGUCUUCUUCCACCUGUGGACCUGGAUGGGGCUGAAGCUCUUCAGACAUAAUUAGUGCCGCCUCGGCCCCACUCGCGGGGACCUGCGUGAUGAGUCGCCCUUGCGGCCGGAGCGUCCUGGUUGUUGGGUUCUGCCCUCUAGCGUUGCAGAUUCUGAUGUCAGUGCGGUAGCAGAAUAUAACACGUUCAAUAAAAUGUCUCGAGGGAGGAACACCACCA